AUAGCUCCGCAUUGCCGCCGCGCGCGAGCCGACGAACCGCCGCGAGCUGCCGGAAGCACGUCUACUUUUGCGCUCCUCGCGUCUUCUUCCACUUCUUCCUCCUCGUCUUCCUACUCUUCCUCUCCCCCCCACCCACCCCCUCCAGCCUCCUCUGCGCUGCGUCUUUGUCUCCAUGCGAGUCUCUCCCCCCCCCGCCGGACGCCAGCGCAGACAGCGGGCCUUCCUGUAGCCGACGCCCCGGCCUCGCUCGCCCUCCGGCCGGCGGAGCCUGGCGGCCGAGCCCCGCUGAGGUGGCCUGGUUCCCGGGUGAGCGAUGCUGUAGAGCGGCCGGCGGAGGGGAUGCUUCUUCCGGACUGACGAGAAGCCCCGAAAGCCGCGGAAGGGAAGCAGGAAGAUGUCCGGCAGGAUGCCGCUGACCCCGGUGAGCGAGAGGGAGCCCGAGCUGCUGAAGACUUCGGACGGCCUCCCCGACCCGCCGGCGCCGCCCGCCAAAUCGUCGAGCCGCCACAGUCUGCAGCCGAGCCGCGGCACGUCCGCCGCCGCCGACGAGCCGCCGCACGUCGGCAACUACCGGCUGCUGAAGACCAUCGGCAAGGGCAACUUCGCCAAAGUGAAGCUGGCCAAACACACUCUGACGGGCCGAGAGGUCGCCAUCAAGAUCAUUGACAAAACUCAGCUGAACCCCACCAGUCUGCAGAAGCUCUUCAGGGAGGUCAGUGUGAUGAAGAUCCUCAACCACCCAAACAUCGUGAAGCUGUUUGAAGUGAUUGAGACGGAGAAAACUCUUUACCUGGUGAUGGAGUACGCCAGUGGAGGUGAAGUCUUUGACUACCUUGUUGCUCACGGACGAAUGAAGGAGAAGGAGGCCAGAGCCAAGUUUCGCCAGAUUGUGUCUGCAGUGGAAUACUGUCACCAGAAAAGGAUUGUUCACCGGGACCUUAAGGCUGAGAACCUUCUCCUGGACGCCGACAUGAACAUUAAGAUCGCAGACUUUGGCUUCAGUAACGAGUUCACGCUGGGCAGCAAGCUGGACACGUUCUGUGGAUCUCCUCCGUACGCCGCUCCCGAGCUCUUCCAGGGGAAGAAGUACGACGGGCCGGAGGUGGACGUCUGGAGUCUGGGUGUGAUUCUGUACACGCUGGUCAGCGGCUCGCUGCCCUUCGACGGACAGAACCUCAAGGAGCUCAGGGAGCGUGUUCUCAGAGGAAAGUACCGGAUUCCCUUCUACAUGUCGACGGACUGCGAGAACCUGCUGAAGAAGCUGCUGGUGCUCAACCCGGGGAAACGAGGCAGCCUGCAGCAAAUCAUGAAGGAUCGAUGGAUGAACGUCGGCUACGACGAAAAGGAACUAAAAACGUACAACGAACCGGAGCAGGACUUCAACGACCUCAAACGCAUCGAGCUGAUGGGGACGAUGGGCUUCCCUCGAGAGGAAGUGAUGAAGGCGCUGGACGGUCAGAAGUACAACGAGGUGACGGCGAUAUACCUGCUGCUGGGGAGGAAAGCCGCCGAGUGCGAAGCCGGCGACUCCAGUGUGUCCAGCGGUAACCUGGCUCAAAGGUCGCGACCCAGCAGCGACCUCAACGGCUCCAGUCAGUCCCCCGCCCACUCUCGCAACGCCUCGGCCAAUCAGAAGCAGCGGCGUUUCAGCGACCACGUGGCGCCCGCCAUCCCGCCGCCCGUCUGCUACACCAAGCGCGGUCACGCCAACAGCGUGGAGAGCAACCGGAAGGACGAGGCGGCGUCCCCCAUACGGGCUCCGGACCGCCGGAGGUCGGCCACCGCCUCAGGGAACAUAACAAGGAGGAACACGUAUGUCCACGAGAGGACGAGCACCGAUCGUCACUCGGUUGCCGUUUCCAACGGGAAGGACGGCAGUCUCCCCGAGGUGGCCGCGGGGUCCCCCUCCCCGUCGCGGGGGGCAACCGUCUCGUCGGCGCGCCCCCGCCAUGUCAAGUCCAUGUCGGCGUCGGGACACCCCAUGAAGUCCUGCCUGCCGCCCAUCGACGACAACGUGGAGUAUCAGAGUUCCCCCCAGCAGCCUCCUCCGUCGUCUCCCUCGGCCUUCAGCGUCACCAGCAGCAGCGGCGGCGGCGGCGCCACUCCGGACCGGACCCGCUUCCCCCGCGGCUCCUCCAGCCGUUCCACCUUCCACGGCGCCCAGCUGCGAGACCGGCGCCCGGCCACCUACAACGGCCCGCCGGCCUCGCCCAGCCUGUCCACGCACGCCGCCGCCGCCCUGGCCACGCCCCGCCGCGGCACCUCCGCCUCCCUCAUCGGGAAGAUCACCUCCAAGUUUGGCCGCAGGAGCCUGUCCGGCGAGCCCAAAGAGGAGUGCCGGGAGUCCAAGCCGCGCGCCCUGCGCUUCACCUGGAGCAUGAAGACCACGUCCUCCAUGGAGCCGGGGGACAUCAUGAAGGAGAUCCGCAGGGUCCUGGACGCCAACAACUGUGACUACGAGCAGCGCGAGCGCUACUCGCUGUUCUGCGUGCACGGCGACGCGCGGCAGGACAGCCUGGUGCAGUGGGAGAUGGAGGUGUGCAAGCUGCCCCGCCUCUCGCUCAACGGCGUGCGCUUCAAGCGGAUCUCCGGCACGUCCAUCGCCUUCAAGAACAUCGCCUCCAAAGUGGCCAACGAGCUCAGGCUGUGAACAACCUCGCCCCCCCCCCCCCCCCCCCCCCCCGCCCGCGCUAACUGCUGUUACGACUCAGAGGAACGCCUUGUUGAACCUCCACAAACUUACUGGUUCAAGUUUCUCACUAAAUGUUCGCCAGUGAAACCAAAUAUUAAAGCUGAUGGGGCGCAUGUUCAGCAGGUUGUGGUCUUCCCCCCCCCGCCCCCCCCCCCCCCCCCUCGGUGAUGGGAUCCAGGGCUGAUGAGGGUGUUUCCUUCCCUCUCAGCCUGCCGGACUUUGUUGGUUUAUCACUGUUUACACGCACUUCAGAUUUUUCAAACCCCCUGGAAACUGAUUUUUGAAGCGACCCGUUAAGUGGCAGGAGGUCAGGCGGACUGAAGCGGAUCACGCAGGGAGGGGGGGGGAGGGGGAGGGGGGCGGCCCGGGUUCUGUGCGAGGAUCCUGGUUGUUGAGAGUCAGUGUUUUCGGCUCUAGGCAACAGCGCGCUGAGGGCAGCGCAUUCAAGCGUAUAAUCGGAUGGUUUAUUUUGCCUUAAGCCUGAUUGCCGGAAGCCGGUCUCUGAAGUGCAGGUGAACAGCGAGUGCAACGCGACAUCCGCUCUACGAGUAAAGAGCCUAAGUGUGUGUGUGUGUGUGUGUGUGUGUGUGAACACGUGCAAGGAGUCUGACUCGCUCUCAAUGUAGAGAUACGAAUUCAGCAGAGAGAAAGCAGCAUUAACUCAAGACACCAAAUGUAUUUAUUCACAUUUGAAGUUCUGGCCCCAUGAGGAGAAGGAAUAAAGGCUCGAAGCUUCCAUUCAGGCGACGGGGUCACAAGGUAGACCGUCGAGGUGACCCCUCGAUCACCGUUGACCCCUCCCCCCCAGCGGGCUCUGAAUAUUGAGAUUGUCGGUCCACGGUGUGACCAGCUGGUUCCAGUAGUGGCGUCUCCCACACUAACCGUCCCUUUCUGUCCCGAAGCUCCAAGAAGAGCUGCUUUUAUGUGACACACUCUCGACUUCACGUUUAAAUCCGCUCACAUUUUGACUUUAAUCUCCCAGUUUUCCUUCCACCAAACCCCCCUCUCUGUAAGGACUGAAGACGCGUCCUCCUCAGGUCAGGUGUAAACGUGGGGGUCGUUCUGUCGGAUCCUUUUUAAAUGUCCGUCACUAGUGGCGCUGCACAGUUUACGGUCGAGGCGUCGAGUGGCGGCGCGUUCGGGGGACGACGUCCUCCCUGAUGGUUGUAAGCCUGUGACCUCUGACCUCCCCCCCCGCUGGCUUAAUGCUUUCGCAAUAAUACUGGAGCUCUGGGUCGAUGAUGUCAGCUCAAACGCAAACUGUAAAGCUCUUUUUUUUUUUUUUUUUUUUUACACAUUUGAAGCUGACAGAACAGAAUGUGUUUUUGUUGUUUUUUGAGUUUUAUUAUUGAUGUGAAAACACACGCCCGUCCAGGUGAAUACGUGCAGGUACAGUAUCGAUCAGUCAGUUUUUACUUGGUCCACACUGUCGACGCUCAUUUCUUCAUUCUUUGUCUUUUUAACGUUUAUGUUGCAUCAAAUCAGAACAUCACGAGCGAUCGCUUUGUCCCUGGUUCAAACGUAAAGGACCAGUCUGGUGUUUGGUUCUAUAUGUGUAUAUACAUAUUGUUUUGUUUUUAAUAAUCUCAUGUGCUUCCUGUCUGUGGCCCUUUUUAGAUUACUGUUUAAGAAAGGCUUUCCUAGAACAGCUGGUGACUGUUUUUUAUCUUUUCAAACAAUUUGCUGGGGACUAUUUUCCACAGCGGUUUAAUCCACAUUUAGUAUUAAGACACAUAAGGCAUUAAUACACACACGAUAACUGACGCUAAAUACGUUAUAAUGUUAGUUUUAAACUUUUUUUAUGUUGGGAGGAAGCGGCACGUAUCAAAUCACCAGAUUGGUCCUUUUUGUUGGGACUACUUCCUGUGUGUCGCCGCUUUCCCGGCGGAUGAAUCUGCCCCAUCACUGACUGCCUUCCGAAUGUACCGCCUUGUAUCUCCGAUGCGUUCAGGAAAACCCGCAGUUUGUGGCUUUAAAAAAAAUGCUCCUUCACAGCUUUUAAACAGUGUUCCCACUAAUCCACCACCUGCACAGUGUCGAGGGUUCGGCCUAACACUUCCUGAACUCUACGUUUCUAGCACUUAAAAAAAUAUAAAAAUAAAAUACAGGAAGGGAACAAAACGAUGCAAACGCCACGAAAAAAAAAAGCGCGAAUACGACGCAUUCUUCACGUCACCUGGGGAAGACUGUACACCUGAGCCUCUUACUUGAAACUAGCCUUCGACUCCAGCUUCCGCGUCAUAACCCGCACCACGUGACCCACCGGCUCGCGCUCAGCCGGACAGUAGCAGAAGGUCCCGUGUGGCCAUGAUGGAUGACAACGUUUUCAAUAAAUAAAACAAAAACAAAAAAAAAGCACACACAUUAUUAUGUUAUUAUUUCUACAGGCUUUAGUCAAAGAGACGGCGUGUGAGUUUCUUUUAUAAUGUGCAAUGUUCUGUUCACCUUUUACAGGUGUCACUGAUGCUGAUCCAGAAAAAGGGGGUUUUGGUUGCUUGUCUAUUUAUUUGUGGCAAAACUACAAGUCCAAAUACAACUGUAACGUAAUAGAAAUCCAUAAUCCAUAAUCACAGACAUCAGGCGCUAUAGAAAGGCAAUCAAAUCUUCCCACCUGCAACAUUUAAGUUUUUAAAUGAACACAUUCAUGCAUCUGUGACUCAUUAAUUAUGGUACAUUCAGCAUACUUUUAGAUGUUUGAUGCAGCACUUUUUCUUGUGGGCGUGUUCCUACGCUGGUGUUCAACCAGGCUGCUUUUAAUAAAGGAAACGGUCUGAGGAACUUCU